AUGAACAAGCAAGAAUCAGGGGGAAAUCGUGAAAUCAAUGGCGAAAAAAUGGAAAGCUAUGCAGGACCUCGAGCAUGCGAACAACCUCUGGUCGCUAGCCCAGGUGCGGGUACCUUUCUUGCACGACAGCGAGAAGUUUGCUUCCUGGCGGCUCAAGAGCACCCAGUCAAUGAUUUUUCAACCAUCAGUCCUAGUCAUCGGGAAGUGAAUCCGCAAAAAGCCGUCGGAUGGAAAGCUAGCGGACAAACCACCAACAGUGCCAACUCUGGUCACAUUGAAAAAUCUUCAACGAGAUUCCAGCGCCAGGCUCCACCUGCGAAUAUAGAUAUCCCCGCACCAAUGCUUGAUGUGGAAUGGACUGGCGAUCGAGCAAGCAGCAGCUUCAGUAAUAGUGAAGAAGAAGACCCAUCAGCUGAUUUGAUACCAAGGCUGCGACGUGAAAUGCGCCAAGGCCGUAAGGCACCAAAGCGAACCCUGCUUCCAAACCGGAAAGAAACCAGUGUUGCAAGCAACAGUUUUGCGGAUUCCGCGGCAAGAUCGGUCAAAUCUACGGGUUCGGCGAGGGUACUUGAAAAUGAUGUUGACCGCUCGUACCCACCGAUAUAUCCUCAGGAGAAACUUGGCAACAUUCAAGAUGCGGGCAGAAUAUCUCAGAUUCAUGAGUUCUCUAAGGAAGAGCGCUUGGCGUCAUUAAACCUCUUCCAAAAUGAAGAGAAGGCGGAGGUAUUCUUGGCCAUUAAGGAAGCAGAACCUGGCACAUGUUUACGACAGCAAAUUGGACCUGAAGUGUUGGAGGCCACAUUGGCUCACACUGGCUAG